AUGACAGGCAGUGAGAAAGCGCCGCUUGUUUGUGUGAAGGACCCAGCUCCUCCGUGGAAAAGAUUCUCAAUAUUAAUCAUCGUGCUAACAAUAUCCUUAACGUUAGGAUUACCUUCGUGGUAUUUAACUACUUCUGUGGAAAGGGCAGAGUUACCAGUUGGUGAAAUUGAAACAUUGAACGAAAAAUAUCUUGACAACGUAGAAUAUGCCAUUCCUGUCAAAAUUAUUGACUUGCCAAACACGUUGAUUGGGAUAAUCAAUGAAACCCAAGAACUAAUCAACAGUCGACUCAAGGAUUCUAAAGUGUCAAUUACUCUAUUAGGUGGAGAUACUACUGUUGAAAAUCCCAGUAAUGUUUAUAAACUGAAGCUGAUUAUGAAUGAAGACGAAGACCAAAUGAUGGUAAGUCCAUACAAUGACAAAACGAUUAGUUUAUUUAUAACACCGCACAUUAUCAAAAAUAAUCUAACGACGGAUUUAAUAUCAAGGGUUCUAUUAGAUACCGUGUUUAAAAAGGAGAUCACCGAUCGAGCAACGAAAGUAUCCGACAAAUUGAAGUUCCCAUUCAGCGAUAACUACAAAAUAAGCAUCAAUUUCUUGAAUUCAGGUAGUAAAUCAUUCGACAAUACAGGCGGCAUAUUGCAGAGAAGCAUAGAGAACUUUGAGAGUUUCCUCAAUACUUUAAAACCUCUUGCUAAUUUUACAAUUGAAUUUCAGGAAUUAUGGUACGAGAACAGAAUCCAAACAAUUGGUGAGCAUGAAUCUGACGGGUAUACUAUAAUCGAGGACACAAGCAUGUUUAUUGAUUAUUCUGACUGGGGGUUGGAUCAGGAUGUUGAAUUGAAGCCCAUUAUCAAUUUGAAUUUAUACUUACCUGAAGACGAAAAGAUUCGUAUUGCAAAUUCCAACAGAAACUCAUUUAUAAUUCCUCAAUGGGGGGGAGUUGUUAUUAUUAAUAACGAUGAAGUAUUAGAUUAUCCCAAGCUGAAUGAGGUAUUUGACAUUUUUGCAUUCCAAAUCCUGAAAUUGCUAGGGAUCAGUACUGAGGCAGAGGAAUCUCUAUUCUACAGAAUUGAUGAGGCCAUCAGAAGGCAAACAAUCGAAAACAUCGAUGCAACUUUGAAAAACUUCCAAUCCUUAAUCACCGUCAUCAAUAAAUUGAAGACCAUUCCAAUUCCAUUGCAAGCGGUUGACGAAGUUGAGGAAUCCGUUUCUAAGAUCAAAGAGAGUAUCGCCAAUCUGGAGAAGCUGUCGUGGUUAGAAGCUUACAAGGCAUCCACAGAAGCACUUGCUUUUUCCAGUAGUGCUUUCUUCCAUAAAGAUAUGGUCCAACAGGCCUACUUCCCUGAGGAACAUAAAAUGGCUGUGUAUUCCCCAUUGUUGGGUCCAUUUAUCACGAUCCUCACGAUGGCACUAAUACGUGCUGUAAGAGAAUUGAGAAAAUAA